CCAAAAAACCCUUCUCUUCAAAAAAGAUCAAAAGCGGUAGAUCAACAACUCUGUACGCUUUUUUACUCCAUCGGUCAACAUCAACAUCACCUCCCAUUCCAUUAUCAUCUUCUUCCCUUGUAUAUGAGACCUCGUAUCAGAGAUGCCUCAGACAAACUCCGACCUAACCGAGCCUCCUUCGACGAGGAUCUCGACGACGGCGAAGGAAAGUUUCACCGUAAACACCCGCCGCCUCUCAGGACCAUGUUCGGUCGCUGGCGGAAAUGGACUGUGCUCGUUGCGGCGAUCUGGAUCCAGGCAUCGACGGGAACCAACUUCGAUUUCUCGGCUUACUCCUCUCAUCUCAAAUCAGUGCUCGGGAUUUCUCAGGUGAGGUUGAAUUACCUCGCGGUGGCUUCUGAUUUGGGAAAAGCGUUCGGGUGGUCGUCGGGGAUCGCUCUAGGUUAUCUCCCUCUCUCCGUCGUUCUUUUCGCGGCGGCUGUUAUGGGCUUUGUUGGCUAUGGGGUUCAGUGGCUCGUCAUCACCAACAUCAUCACUCUGCCUUAUUUUCUGGUGUUUCUCUGCUGCUUAUUGGCUGGAUUAAGCAUCUGUUGGUUCAACACAGCAUGUUUCAUCCUCUGCAUCCGCCAUUUCCCGAACAACCGUGCACUCGCCUUAUCUCUUACGGUAAGCUUCAAUGGAAUCAGUGCAGCCUUAUACUCACUCGCUUUCAAUGCAAUUAACCCGUCGUCCUCAAAUCUAUACCUUCUGCUGAACUCACUGGUUCCCCUUAUGGUUUCCUUCGCUGCGCUUUUCCCAGUUCUCACUAAACCAUCUAUAGACCCUGCACCAGACAACGAAUCACGACGGCAUGACUCCCAUGUGUUUGCCAUCAUGAAUGUAUUCGCCGUCAUGACCAGUUUCCACCUUCUCCUAUCCAGUUCGAGUACUUCAGCUCGUUUGCACUUCCUUGGAGCUAUCUUCCUUAUGGUUUUCCCCUUGUGUGCUCCUCUUCUCGUUUACGCUUGGGAUUACUUUCUUCCUGCCAUUAACCAACGCUUCCACCAUGAAAGCUCUGGCUAUGUUAUGCUUAACAUAGACGAGCUCAAGUCCAGCAAAACCGGGUAUGAACAUACGGGAAGUGCGAAUCAGAAGAACAUAGUGAGGCUUGGUGAUGAACAUUCCUUUCGACUGCUCAUAAGUAGAUUGGAGUUUUGGUUAUACUACAUUGCGUAUUUCUGUGGUGGCACGAUUGGCCUUGUUUAUAGCAACAAUUUGGGACAGAUUUCUCAGUCUUUGGGACAAAGCUCUACAACCCUCGUCACGAUCUACUCUUCAUUCUCCUUCUUCGGUCGGUUACUCUCUGCUGCACCAGAUUUUAUGCACAAGAGAUUUCGUUUGACAAGAACCGGCUGGUUUGCAAUCGCUCUCUUGCCAACUCCUAUCGCUUUCUUUUUACUGGCGAUAUCCUCCUUACAGCAAGCAGCAUUGCAGACCGCAACCGCCUUAAUCGGUCUGAGUUCUGGUUUCAUUUUUGCGGCUGCGGUUUCCAUAACAUCUGAUCUCUUUGGACCCAAUAGUGUAGGUGUUAACCACAACAUUCUCAUCACAAACAUACCCAUCGGCUCGCUCUUAUACGGUUUCAUUGCUGCAUCCAUCUACGAGGCCAACGCAAGCCCCGAGAUAAGAUCUGUCGUGUCUGACUCAGUCGUUUGCAUCGGAAGAGAUUGUUACUUCAAAACGUUUCUGUUUUGGGGUUGCUUGUCCCUUAUCGGCCUCGCUUCAAGUCUGUUGCUGUACAUGAGAACUAAACCGGUUUAUCACCGGCUCGAACAAGACCGGGUUUCCGUAGCAUCAUCGUACAAGGAGCUUGAUCCAUUGUAAAUCAAAUUGUAACAAAGAAACCACAGAUCUUUCUUUUUUAGUCACAGGAUUACAGGAAGUUUAAUUAGUGAAAACAAAUUAAGCUUGUUCUUACUUAUUACAUCACUCUCCUAAUUGAAUCUUCAAGCACAAAUUGAAAUUAAAAUGUCUUUAAUAAAGUAAUUAAACGCGGCUAAUCAGUAAUCAAGCAUUUUUGUUGGGUCCCACACUAAAAGACUUUUUAACACAGAACAAGAGUCAUCAAAAUUGACGCGCACAGUAUCGGAGCCAGCGUAACUGACAAAAUCAUGAAUUAGCCGUUGUGGCGACUUUUUCAUUACUUUCUUUCUCUCUCUCCCCCUCAUUGCUUGCCCAAAAGCAAAAAACCCUAAAAAAUCUUCAUUUUCACCCAGAAAUGGCGGAUUUUGGGUAUCUUUCGGAUACAGAUGAUUCAGCUGUGGAAGAGCUCAUUUCGCAGGCGAAGGAGCUUUCGGCUUUGGAGCAAGUAGCUGCAAUCAAUUGUUCUGCCUUCACCGACUCUACUCUUCCAGAUGAUCUCGAAACUCGCUUCCGUCGCCUCAAGUCUCUUCCGGCUCAUCGACCCGACCCGAUUUCUUCGUCUUCGUCUAAGAAUAGGAAGAAGCAUCUGGCGCACUCGAAGAGCGUGGCGGAUUACCCUAAGGAAGACGGGAAUUUCUCGGGAAACAGACGAAAUCCAGGUAAAAAUUGUGGUUCUGGUGAGGAUUCGAGUGUUUUCUCAGGAAACAAACGCGAUCUGGGUUUGAAAUCGGGUAUCGAGAAAAGCUCGCGAGCUGGGCUUGUCUCAGAUGGAAGUGGGGAUUUCUCGGAUUCCGGAAACAUCGGUUCGAGCUCAUCGAGCGAGAGUAAGAUUUUCGCGCCGGCUAAACAAACCCAGAAGCUCCGUAAAGAGAAGCGCAGAAUCGGAUCAGCAUCUUCGAUUGAUACAGCUACACCACCAUCAUCGGAUUCGGAGCCGGAAAAGAAAUCGAAAUCGAAACCCAAGUCCUCAAGCUCGUGGUUUGACAAGUUGUCUCCGUCAAAAGUCAUCGGAUUCAUCUUCCGUUCUCCGAGCAAAUCAUCCAACAAGAAGAAGAACAUCAAAAGCAGCAAAUCAUUCAGCGCCGCUGCUGCUGCUCACCCGUCUGGCCGCGAGAGAGACAUGGAUUUCGACGAGUUUUUAUCCGAUUUGAAUGCGUUUUCAGUGGAAGAUCAGAGGAAAAUGCUGAAGAGGGCACUGAAGGAACAACAGAAGAUGCGAAAAGAAGCAGCUGAGAUCAUCAAAAUGACGAAAAAGGCAUCAGCAAAGUUAGAUUUUGAUGACUGAGAAAUUGGGUUUUUGGGGUUUGGUUCGUUCUGUUGUUUUGGUUCUUUUCGGUUUGGAGAAAAUGCUCACAGAAGUAAACCAGAAGUAUAAAUAAACUUCAAUCUAUAAUAGUAUAUUUUAUGUUAAUUGGUCGAAUCAGAACAAUAAAUAUUAUACAAUAGUAAUCAAAGCCAAAGGCCCAAAGCUACUAUUAAUUCGUUAAACAUCGUCGUCAAAAAUU